AUGUCAUCAACACUCGACAUUCAUUCCGAAAUCAUUGAUUCCAACUCGAAUCGUCAAUUUAUCACCAAUGAAAAGAAACCAACCGGAAUCCUGGCUGGCUCAUACUCUUCUCUCCCACCAGCCACACUGUGGACUCGAUUGAGCAAUCGAUACAGAUACGGCAGACUUGGCCUGAUAAUUUCGGGAAUUCUUGGUGUCUUUGUGGUCAUGUUUAUCAUUAUUGGAACCCUGGGUGUAUUUAAGAAUGAAUUGUACCGUACUCGACUCGGAUUACCGUCGGUAGGCAAGACAAAAUACAAAGGCUCGAGUACAGGAACAGCUACAGAAGGCGAUUUUAAUAUUAGUGGAGAAGGAGAUGAUCCUGGUGUUGGAAUCACUGCAUGUGGAACUCAAUUCACUGCCCAAGAUUAUGUGGUUGCACUGAAUCAUGUUGACUAUGGUGUGUAUGCAAACCCUAAUGAAAGCCCUGUGUGUGGAGCCUGUAUCGAGGUUACAGGUGAAUUGGGUACAGUAAAAGUAACAAUUCAAGACAUGUGCCCGGGAUGUGAACAAGGUUCUUUGGAUCUCUCUCCUGCGGCCUUUUCUAAAAUCGCUGACAUUUCUGAAGGCAGAGUCCCUGUAUCUUGGACACCAUGUUGA